AUGAGACAUCAAGUGCUGCUGUCUGCAAUCGCGUUUGCUCUGCUAUCAACUGCCUUCCCUGCGCCUGAACCUCAACCUGAACCACAAUAUGCCAAUGAAAAUGAAAAUUUGGAGGCCCGAUCAGCAGACGAAGGACAACCGGGCGUCAUAUCGAGCGACAAGUUCCUGCGGCGAGCUUUUCAUGCCAGUGCCAUAGCUGGCAACUUCCUCUAUGUAGAUGGAGGUCAAUUCUCCUACAUCAAUAACGGUACCCCGCAGUACAAGUUCACUACCUCCACAUUAUCGCUCGACCUCUCAAAAGAUUGGACAAAUGCGACGGCAGUGUUCAAUACAAUCUCUAAGAUCCCAGGAGUACCAAACCUCAAUUUUGGGUCGCUUUGGUAUCAUGAAGCCGAAACUACUCUCUACUCAGGCUUCGCUGGCGAGUCACCAUCCUACGAUCGAGGUUCAGACCCAGGACCUCCUUCACUCUGGGCCUUGAAGCUAGAUGGUACAGGACAGGGCACAUGGAGUGAGACCGUCGAUUCAAAAGCAAGCACAUUAAAUGAUAUCCAUCGGGUCACAUCGACUUUACAGUCAUACGGCCCCAACAACGCCUGGGUGCUGGGGGGCGCUUCUUACAGCGAGCCUCCCAUGUCGGGCAUGAUCAAAUUCGACAUGAAUGCGAAGCAAUUCUCAAACAUCAGCUCCGAUGGUACCGGCCAACCUCGUUCGAGAGGUCGCAUGCAAUACGUGCCCAAUUUUGGGCCAGGAGGGGUACACCUAGCAUUCGGUGGCGAUCUUAAGAAUAACGUCCUAGCCGACUUCUCCAUCGUCAUGGUCUGGGACCCGACUGCUUCAAAAUGGUACAACCAGUCGACAACGGGCGCUGCACCUGCGCGGAGAGUAGACUUCUGCUUGGCAGGCGCUCCGUCAAAUGAGCAGAGCUACGAAAUAUUCGUCUACGGAGGCAGCAAUGGCAACCUGGGCACCUCCGCCGUGCCCUUUGAUACCAUCCACAUCCUUACUCUUCCCGCAUUCCACUGGACCCAAGUAUCCUACGCGCCAGGUAACCCACGGCACGCUAUGACGUGUCAUGGUGUGGGCGAAAGCCAGAUUUUGGUCGUUGGAGGCGCGGACACGAACCCGCCAGACCCAAAUUCAAACGUGAACGCGGUAGCACGGAGCAAGAUGACAAGUAAGGAUACUCUGACGCAGGGACUCGGUAUAUUUGAUCUUUCGACCUUCGAAUGGGCAGACCACUACACAGCAUCUCCUGCGCCGUAUCACCAGAAUGACGCGAUCAAGACGUAUUAUGCAGGGCAACAAUCACAAGCCGAUAUCAAGAACCUCACAACUGAAGUUUCCGCCCUCAUGAACCAGAAAAGCUUCACGCCCUCAGCCAACACCACAUCCUCCUCUUCCCCCGCCCCCUCAACCUCCCACACAGGCGCAAUAGCAGGCGGCGUCGUCGGCGGCGUUGCCUUGAUAGCCCUCCUCGCCCUCCUAGCCUGGUUCUUUUACCGACGACGCCAACGCCAAAAACAAAACUACGACUACACAAAAGCGCAGGGCGCGCCCCUAGAAGAAAUGUACAAGUACGGGGGCCCUGGUGAUAUCCGCGGGGAAGGGGAAAGGCCACAGGACUACAAAGACCCAAAUGGGCAUUACGUGGGUGAAUUACAUGGGAAGGAUGAGAGAAGAGGGCCGGUUGAGUUGACGGACCAGACUGCAGAGGGGCCUGGGGUGGUGGAAGCAGGCACGGGAACUGUGAAGAGGAAGCCUGAGAGAUUAGAAUUACCUGCGUGA